CGCACUCACUCAUUAUCGAAAGCCUCGUCGAUUUUUUGGCACAAGACUACAUCAUUUCUAUUCAAUUCUUUCACAAGAAAGAGCUUAUCCUCGUGACAGUCCGACUGAGGAAACGCCAAUAAGCCGAUAUAUAGGUGGCACGGGAAAAUACCACUUGUGCAGUCAUCGCCGACGCCUUGCAAAGAGAGAGAGAGAGAGAGGGCGGUCUAUAUUACCGCUUCAAAUCCCGUCGACCAAUUUACGACGAGCGUCUUGAUUUGCAGUUCUAGCAAGACACGAUGAUUGCAAUCGGUCUGGAAGGCUCUGCCAACAAACUAGGUGUGGGUGUAAUCCUACACCCGGCAAAAGGCAAAGGCGAGCCUCAGAUCCUUUCCAACAUUCGACAUACGUACGUCUCUCCACCCGGCGAGGGUUUCUUACCGAAAGACACCGCCAUCCACCACCGCUCUCACGUGGCGACACUCGUGAAAAGGGCAUUGGAAGAAGCCGGCAUCAAAAUUGCCGACGUUGACUGCAUAUGCUACACCAAAGGUCCCGGAAUGUACGCGCCCUUGCAGUCCGUCGCGAUCGCCGCCCGGACACUGUCUCAGCUCUGGUCCGUCCCCCUCGUGGGCGUCAACCACUGCGUGGGGCACAUCGAGAUGGGCCGGGCCAUCACGGGGGCCUCCAACCCGGUGGUCCUGUACGUGUCCGGGGGCAACACCCAGGUCAUCGCCUACACGUCCCAGCGGUACCGCAUCUUCGGCGAGGCCCUCGACAUCGCCGUGGGCAACUGCCUCGACCGGUUCGCCCGCACGCUCCACAUCCCCAACGACCCGGCCCCGGGCUACAACAUCGAGCAGCUCGCAAAGUCCGGGCGCGUCCUGCUGGACCUCCCGUACGCCGUCAAGGGCAUGGACGUCAGCUUCUCCGGCAUCUUGGCGAGGGUUGACGAGCUCGCCGCCCAAAUGUACGCCGGCACCUUGAAGGGCGUCACGCCGGCCGACCUGUGCUUCUCCCUACAAGAAACCGUCUUCGCCAUGCUCGUCGAGAUCACGGAGCGGGCCAUGGCCCACGUCGGCAGCAACCAGGUCCUGAUCGUCGGCGGCGUGGGCUGCAACGAGCGCGUCCAGGAGAUGAUGGGCCUCAUGGCCCGCGAGCGCGGAGGCAGCGUCUACGCGACCGACGAGCGCUUCUGCAUCGACAACGGAAUCAUGAUUGCGCACGCCGGGCUGUUGGCGUACGAGACAGGGUUCACCACCAGUCUCGAGGAAAGCACCUGUACACAGAGAUUCAGGACGGACGAGGUACACGUUGCGUGGAGGGACGAUUAAAGAACAAUUUGAAAAUGAAUUCCAUGCAUCAUUUCAUACUCGCAUUAUCUGCGGGCGCAGGGCGACAAGUCAAAUACACGGCGCUCGAGGAAAUCCCAGGCUCCACCUUGGUUUCGAAUACGCCAUCAUCAAAGCCCGUACCAUCAUGAUAUCGUUAAGCCAAGCCCGAAACAGACCAAGGGACCAAUGCAACAGCCGUGCAAGUUUUGAGAGGAGAAAAUCGCCGACGAAGCUCUAUCAAGUCAUUGAAUUCCGGACUGCCUUUCAUUGAAACUGCGUCUUAAAUCGAGGGACGGGCUUGAAUGAUAUCGUGGUCACAUACUGCAAACUGUUAGCAUAUUCCUGCACUGCACAGCAGACCUUGGAAACGUACCUUUUUCCUAUACCGGGUUGUCACACUCGUGGCCAAUACCCCAUUUUUGACACUACUGGUCAUGAGAUGAUUCAAAACUGUGUGGUUCGGCAAGGUCAAGACGCUGUUAUCGUCCUUGACUGGCAGAACGCCGUUGAGAAUGGAUCGAUUCAGGAAAAGCGGCAAGGCCGGCGGCUGCUGUGCCUCUUGGAUCAGUUUGACUGCAUUAUUGUAAUCGUCGGUGUCUUCGGCCAGAUCAACAUCCACCAAGCAUUGAGGAACCAGCUGGCGAUAGUCUCCAGGAGGUAUCUCUUCCGCGAGAAGUUCUUCCAUGUCAGUGGCUUCUGGGGUUUGUGCACCGGAUGCGCUUUGCUCGUGUUCUUCUGGAGCAAGAGUCGAAGACCGGUUACCUUGUUGCGCACUCUCCCGCCGUUGUUUGGCGAGAUCUUCGGUCGCAAUUUCGAUAUAGUUGACCAGAAAGUUGUUGAAGUCGACGGCCGUGGGCAGGUCUGGGCUGGUGACCAUCUCACCGUCCACGACAAAUUUGAGGUGGUGGGUGCCUGAGGGCAAGCUGAUUGUUGUGAACAUUCCAGUACCAUUUUUCCUAUGGAUGAUAUUAGCACGAAAGUAUCGGGAGGGGGCUUGUCAAGGCUCAAGCUCUCUCUGGGGAAUUUGUUGCCGUUUCUUGUCUAGUUGUGUAGUAGAAGAAUCGGCAUGGUGUUGUAGG